AUGAAGGACCGUGAAAUGAAGAAGUUUCUUCGUAAACUCAAACAGUUGGCAUCGUCCAUUGAAGAUUACACCACCGAGAAGUUUUACAAAAAUGUAUUAGAGGUAAGAUCACGCUUAUUUAUCAACAAAAGUAAACAACGACCUUGUCUGUUGUGCGAGCAGCUUUUUGUAUCAGCUGUUUUCUCUUCACUUUGCACACGACUUAACUCUUUUACCCUCCAAGAUCUUAUUAGUGAUUCUCCUUACUUUCUACCAAACAAUUCUUACGAUGUUAUUUCGGAUAAUUUGGUUUUGGAUCAACUUGUAAUAUCCUUAUGGAUAUUUUUCUUUAUUCUCACAACUUUUCUGUUUGUUAUUGCAUUGGUAUUGUAAGGAGAACUUCUGUCUUGGUCACUCUUGGGAGGAAAAGGGCUAAUCUUCUCAUUUCAUGUAUGUGUUUGUUCUGUUGCGCUCUGUUUUCUGUUCUGAUUUGAUGUAGUUACCACUGGCGACAAAUCCUCAUUGUUGGACACUGAUAUUACAAACAGAUGAGCUUGUACAUUUAUCGGGAUAUUUUAGUAAACAUGAACUUUUUGAUUGAUGAUUUAUCGCGGCAAACAGGUCCACGAAUUCUCAUUAAAAUUUCAGAUACAUGUAGUUUCUAAGCUUCUGUCUUCAACUGUUGUGUUUUGUUUCCAGGCGCUGAAUGAAACUGGGAGACAUCCAGGAGCCAAAUUAAGGCCAAGAGGUACUAAAAUUAUGUAGAAUUUUGAAUUUUCGUCAACACGAACAUCUGAAAGAGAAAUAUUAUGAUGGUUCAUGCUGUCAAAGAUCUAGACUUCCUUCUUGCCUAGUUUUCAGUUUCCAUAGUUUUACUGAUAGCAAAUUGCCUUCUCCUGACAUUCUAUCUUCUCCUAUAGUUGCACAGACUUCUCCUACACCGAAGGAAGAGGAGAAGGUUAGUGAAGAAGAAGAAGAAUUGGUAAUCGAAAUUGGUUCAGAAGAAGAGAGUGAGGUUGGAGCUGAGGAGCGAGUAGGCACAGAUAAAGAUGUUCAAACCGAAGACAGAACCAUCACCUUCAAGUAAAUAACAAAAUUACGUUUACCAAUAUCUCAUCCUUGAAUAGUUAUAUAGAUGAUUGGGGAGACGUGCUCUCUGAUUGGUUGGGAAUUCUCCGUAUUUUGCUAUACUCAACCUGCGAGAAUUGAUUAUAAUAGCGAAGAACUGAAUUGAAAAUAGCCACUGUGUAUCUUUUUACUAUGUUUCUGGGGAAGAAAACAAAAGAAAAAUUCAGUUCCUCUGAUACUUACUCUAGAGAGAAGAACAAGAAGAAACAUAUACCUUAGGCUUAGGGAGUGGUCUAAGUAGUUGGGCAGUCGUCCAAAACUUUACAAAAAGACAGGCUCGUGUAUGUUUUUAUUUUAUCUUGUUCCUAACCUCAAACUGUUAAGCAUCUUAUUUACUUUUCUCACUUUCUGUCACGGAAUAAAAAACGAGAAGCGUAGCCAAUAAGGUUGCAUCAUUUUCAUAGAAUCAAUGUAGAUUUAUGCGAAUAUCAAAGAAUUCUGCAUUAUUUUCUCCGUCACCGUCACGAAGAAUUGUUCUACGAUUGAUUGUCAGUUCCGUUUUGAUCAGAGGUAAUUCAAUGAUGAAUAAUGAUGAAAGUGUCAAUGACAGCGACACAUACAAUAGCAGUGGUGAUGACAUUGGCAUCGGUACCGCCACGCUUUCCCUACGGUAGUAAGUUAGUGACGAACAGAUUACUUUCUAAGCUAUCGGUGAUUUGGGAAACUAACUACCUGUGAAGCGCUUCUCUUAAAUGUGAGCAAAAGAAGAUUUUUUUUCGAUGAUUUUUAAAAUGAUGCCUUAUCGUUUUCUCUCAGAUUUUUGCCUUUGAGGGUGGCUGCUAAUCUUGCUGGUGUUGAUGCUGGUGAUGUCUCUGAUCUGGCCAGGAGAUCGAUGAAACAACGAGCUGGGUUUUUAGCUUGCAUGUGUCGGGAUGUUCUACCCGAAAGAUACUUGCUGAAGCUAUUUUGUUUCCCACUUCGUUUGAAAUCCAAAGUGAAUAAGGAUAUUGCAGAGUUGAAUUACGAUGUGAUCUUUCAAGGAGAUGGAAACUCGAAGAAACCUCUAUUCAACGAAGACGAAAUGUCUGUUUCUCUUUCAAAAGGACUGAAGGUACACGAAGGAGGAGAUACUGGCAACCUCUCCUUAACGUAAGUGUUUGUUACUCAUAUCAUGAUUACUACCUCUUGGUGUUAUUUUCUGUGACGUAUAUUUCAUUUUGCAUAUUAUAUAGGGCCUCAAGCAGAAAACUUCAGCUGUAAAAUAUUGUUCCAGACCCCCACAGCAAAUCUGCACUCCAAUGAUUCCCUUAAUCUUUGAAUUUUAUCUUAAACAAAAUCGUUUUGGAGUAUCACCGCCAAAUGAAGUAAGAUAAAGAGAUGAUAAGCAACUAGAAUAUAGAGGUUACGUUUAGAAAACAGGUAGAAAAGCCAGAAAAAUAUGCAGAAUUUAAUCAGGAAUCAAUUAUGGCAGCUUCGCUACUGGUCCGUCGGGUGGACAUCCCACCAAAGAGCUGUUAGUGUCAUUCUGUUAGAAGCAGCAUUUUACCUGAUAGACAUACGAUCAUAGGGCGUGGUGAUGAGUUUUCGUUAAAAAUGCGCCACAGAGAGAUACAAAAACUGGGCGAAAAUUACCAGAGCAGCUCGCAAAGCAUAAGCUUAGUUUGUUUUUCUGCAGACAGAUUCCCUAAUUAAUUUUGGUCGCAAGAGUCUCCGUUGGAUUGCUUUUACACUAACGGAGAAUGUAUUAUUUUCUUUCUUGUGUCAGGUUAUAUGAUGAUGGAGAAGACCAAAAUCAUGUGUACGUUACUAUUAAAGAUAGAAGUAACAUGUCAGUAGACUUCUUGAAACGGCUUAACGCCAAGGAUAGGACAGACCCUGAAUGGUUAUGUACAGUUCCCAUUAUUAUUCGAAGAUCUCCGUCGCAGGUAUUUCUUCUUGUUUUUUAGUUGCAUUGAUCUUUCUUAAUUUGCAGUAGAAAGGCAUAGGAACGAAAGUACAAAAAAUGCCGGAUUGACACAGUCGUCAUCUUAAUUAAUCAGAGGCAAACAUGAUUAGAAAAGCUAUUUCUAAGAAGUUAGGUUGUUUUCCUCACUCAUCCCCUACUCGAUUACAAGGGUCAUCUGUACGUAAUUCAUUUUGGUACAGAUUUGACGUUGUCAAAAUGACAUACCAAGGGCUUAAACUUCAUCCUACUUUGACUCACUCUUCCCUUUAUUGUGAUAAAAAUAUGAACACCUUCAUGGUACAGUUAUAGUAGAAUUCACUGAGAAACUGUUGACUGUUAAUUUUUUAAACCAUUAUUCGACAAAAAAGGGGAAGCAGUGGUUAUUUACACGAUUCACCUUCCCCCAUCGGCUGAUAAGCGUUGACUUUACAUCCCUUUUUUGGAGCUUAGUUAGGCCAGCCAAGAGCAGAUUUGCAGGUUGAGUUUUAAGAAAAAGUUAUCAUUAACUUUAAUUCUAACGUUGAUAACGUUUCAAUUUUUUUCAUUUAGUUGUAAGCAAAUAUUGUUGGUGAUUGUUGUUAUUUUUUUUUAAAGGAUUCAUAUCUAUCCUCUCAAUUCUAUCCACGUACAACCUUACCCAGGAAACCAGAGAUGAUUGUGAGUUUGUGUUUCAGUGAUUUUGCAUGAUCCCUAUAUUUUGAGCUUAGCUUCAUGAAAACUGCUCUGUGAUUGACAUUUGGAGUGAUUGACCACAAAGAAGACAUGUAGAUAUACUGUGCAAACAGAAAUUGCCAAGUAGCAGUCUAGUUAAUUGAAUCUUUGAGUAUGUGCCGAAUGUGGUCCAUGGUUGUCAUAUGAGAACUGUUAACACCACAACUUCUGAGAUUGUCUUGCAAAGCUACGGCAAAGAAAGCGUUACAAAGCAUCUUUCUUGUGUACAUUUAUCAACCUCCUUCUUCGUUCGGUAAUUCGAAUGAUUUGGUUUCUCAUUUGGUUUUGUCCGUUUUGAUACUUUUUUUUUUGCAUUUAAAGAAAUGGUUCUUUUGUUGCAGGCGUCUUCAAAUAUAACUGACAUGUCACAAAGCGAACGAGGAACUCGAGUUAAUUCAAGAGGGUCCGGCUCAAUAUUGAAAGUCUCUCUUUUGGCAAGUGAGUGGAGCUCAUCAAUGGGAGGAUUGUCCACCAUUAACAGACACCUCGCCAUUCAAUUGGGCAGGCACGCCCAAGUGGAAGUCACUCUCAUUGUCCCAUCCUCCAGUUGCUCUAAAGAGGAGAAAAGUUUCGCACGAAGCUGCAAUGUUACCAUCAGGGAAGUACCGUAUCGUGCAGGUUAUGACCCUCCUGACUGGCUGAUAACUCCGCCGGAAGACCUCGAAAUUGAUGUAGUAGUGGGUCAUGGUCAGAAGCUUGGUAAACAAGCCCAGUUGAUCACAGAAUCACACGGUUGCAAGUGGAUUCAGGUAGUUCAUACUUCACCUGAGGAUCUAGGAAUGCAGAAAAAUUAUUCCAAGGCCAUUCAAAAGGGUGAGGAGAAGAAAACAAUCGAAGUAGAGUUAUGUAAACAAGCAGAUGCUGUUGUCGCAAUUGGACCUACUUUAAAGGAGACCUUCUCAGCUUAUCUUCGCUCCUGUGGCAAACAGGAAGACAUAAUUGAAUUGACUCCAGGCAUCUUCAGUGAAUUUUCGACCAUAAAACAUGCUGCAGUGGACAAUAAAAACUUUAGGGUGUUAAUCUUUGGUCGGAGUGAUCGAGAGGACCUUGAAGUUAAGGGAUACGAUAUAGCUUCCAAGGCAAUAGCCGAACUGAGCGACACUACUUACCGCCUGAUCUUUGUGGGUGCACCUGACGGAAAAGAAGAGGAGAUUAAAGAUUAUUUGCUUCAGAAUGGAAUUCCUGAUGAUCAGCUAACUGUAAGAAAGUUUGUGCAAAGCAAAGAGGAAUUGGAAGAAUUGUUUUGUGAGGUGGAUCUGUGCAUCAUGCCAUCAAGAGUGGAAGGGUUUGGCUUAACGGCCCUGGAGGCUAUGUCAGCUGGUCUUCCCAUUCUUGUCAGUGGCUAUUCUGGAUUUGGAGAAGCACUGUGCGCUAUGCCAUCAGGCAAAAAAGUUGUUGUUAAAUCUAGGGAUCCCAAAGUAUGGGCAGAGGCAAUCGCCGGUGUUCGCGAGAAGGAAAGAUCACAGCGACUUCAAGAGAUUAAACAGAUACGGCGUUCCUAUGAAGAGAAGUAUGACUGGGAAAAACAGUGUGAAAUUCUCGUGAAGAAGAUGUGGGAUAUAAGUUCUGGUAAGAAUAUUCUAAACGUUGUGAAAAUACUAAUUUCGGACUAUGAAAGAGUGUUUUUGUACCGCUGGAGGCCACAUCAAACGUGUUCCACCACUACAAGUACAUUAACAUCACAUGAUACGGAGAAUACGAAAGAUGCGGAAGUUUGAGCUUUUUGUUGGAGUAAGGAAAAAUUGGUAACUGUCUCAUCACGUUCAUGGGGCAAAGAACAGUUCUGAGUCCUCAACGAGGAAUAAAACCUCAGACUUUGGAAUCCUUGCUCCGAUUCUGUACUGACAGCUGAGCUCCGAGGAGCUUUACUGUGAGUUAGGCUUUUAUCAAAUUGAUAUGUGACAACUCUCUCUAUUCCACCACCAAACACAUAAUUUGUCAUCUUUCUGAUCCUGGUUAUCGAUUGAUAUCAAUUUAGUUGAGGAAUACGCUUAUUAUCUCUUCAAGCAUUGCUGAUCUUAACAGUACGCAGGUUGCCUGUCACGUAAAAACAUUUAAGUAACGGCUUAACUCACAAUAUUCGUUCCUUAAAAUGUAGCUCAGUAGUAGUACAACAUCACAGCACGGAAUCUAAAGGUCUGGGGUUUCAAUUCCUCGUGGGAGUACCAGAUUUCUCUCCUUUGUUCCACGCUUGUGUGAAGACGAAUCCAGUCGAACCUGUAUUAAGCGGUCGGUUAACAAAGUCCCGAAAUUUGUACUCCACCUCUGUAAAACGUUCACCUGUAUUAAGCGGUUGUGGUCACCCUUUAUUGAGUCCCAACGGCCUGUUUGUAUUGUACCUAACCUGGACUGAACGGUCACUUAAAGUGAGACCACUCAGAUAAAAUUAGGAAUAAUCUAUCACGUAUAAGUUUAUCCUUAUUUAUCUUCCGAAAUCAAUGUUGGUAGAAUUUUUGAGCGAGUCAGCAUUUGAACUUUGAGUGCUCAAUGCUGGCAUAAAUUUGAGUUAAGAUCUGAAAGCUUCUGUCUUCAAUGAUGAUUGAUGAUUGAAUGCUCCAAAGACAAAUGGGGAAAAGUAUCCUCGACCGGCUUUUGAACAGAGAAAUGUAGAAACCUAGAUUAAAAUUUAGCCCCUGGUUAGCGCUAAUCGGCCUUCGAACAACUGGGCCCUGAAGUGUUAGCCAGCUUCCUGUCCGUACAUAGGGGUUUUCCUCACAGUCUUCAAAAGAAGACCGCCUCAAAUGCUGGUCCAUUCACUAUCAGGAAAUUUGUCUUGUCCUAUAGUUGCAGGAAAUUGAGUCACUUGCAAAUAGAAGAAACUGAGGAAAAAAGGCCAAAACACGCACAAAAAUAACUUUGGAAUUACGCGUGGACGUUAUCCUAGCAGAGUACAAUAGCUAAGGAAAUUACCAGAUAUAUUGCCGUUUACCCUCGUUCCCGCAGUACCUUCAUAGGUGAGUUUUAACUUAGGGCUCUCGUUUGCUCUCUUCCUUUGAUUGUAUAGUUGUCCAUUACAUCAAUAUCAUGUCUUAAAUCUAGUACUUAUUAACCAAGUCUGCGUCAUACAUGAGUAUAUCCGAUUUCACAGCUUGUAUCACUCAAAAAAUAGAAAUAAAAAAGGCAAAGAUUAGCUGUAAACGUGCCUAUUCGGAUUUGUUCCGGUCAUCUCAUCAACUUGACCUGGGAGAUAAAGCAGGUGCUUUUUCGGUGAUAUUCACUGCAUAAUUGGUAGAGGUAGGAUAUAAUGCUUAAUUUGUCAAUCUAAGUUGUGUGCACUUAGCUUUUUGUCCUCUUAUUUUCGCUAUAGAUCCUUACCAUGACAGUAGAGCCAACCUUUAACGUGACAAUAAACAACUCAGAUCAAAGUGUUAUCAAAGAAACCUCUGUGGCUCAAAAUUCGUCAAGGCUUUUUGGAUGACAGUGCUCGACCCUAUGAAUGGAAAUAUUUCUGGAACAGCGAUGAAACAGCUUAGAAAUUCCCUUAAACU